AUGAGCACCCUGCACUUGCGAGAACAGGACCCGACCAACAAUGACUCGCUCGGUGAUGCUGCUGGAGGAGGAGGAGAAGGCGGUGCAGCAGCAGGCGGCAGUAGCAACAACAACGGCAACGGUGAGAAUAAUGGAGACGGUGAUGACAAAUCAGCGCGACGCGCGUUCAACGUGAUUGACAAUCAACUGCAAAAGCCGACUGUACCCGAUGUGUACCCUCAAGUACUCGCCGUUCCCAUCGCGCGUCGACCCUUGUUUCCUGGUUUCUACAAGGCUGUUGUCAUCAAGGACCCCAAUGUUACCGGUGCGAUUAAGGACCUGUUGAAACGUGGCCAGCCCUAUGUCGGUGCGUUCUUGCUCAAGGAUGAAAAUGUUGACGUCGAUACUAUCACCAAUUUGGAUCAAGUGCACAAGGUCGGUGUAUUUGCGCAAAUCACCAGUGUGUUUCCGGCCAAUUCCAAAAAUAAGGAAGAGGGCGAUGGUGGGUUGACAGCUGUACUGUAUCCACACCGACGUAUUCAAAUUACGGACCUUAUAAAUACGACGGGCAAGCCUGUAGAAGCUGCAGUGGAAGAAGUUAAGGCCGAGGAACAGGAACUUGCUGUCAAGGAAGCAGAAACUGUGGCAAAGGAAGCAGAGGCAGUAACUGAACAGUCGAAUACCGCUGCUGAAACUGAAAAGGAACCACAAUAUGCUACGUCGUUUCUGGCCAACGAGCACGCUGUAUCACUUGUCAACGUCGAAAAUAUGAUUGAUCCACCAUACGACAAAAAGGAUCCGAUGAUCCGCGCUGUCACUUCCGAGAUUGUUUCUGUGUUCAAGGAAAUUGCAUCACUCAACCCGCUCUUCCGUGAUCAGAUUGCCAGCUUCUCCAUGUCGCAAUCAGCUGGCAAUGUUUUUGAAGAGCCUGCCAAGCUGGCCGAUUUUGCUGCUGCCGUGUCCACUGGCGAACCACUCGAAUUGCAAGAAGUCAUGGAAACGCUGCCUGUCGAAGAUCGUCUACAAAAGGCACUUAUCGUGCUCAAGAAGGAGCUGAUGAACGCCCAACUGCAAAACAAGAUUUCCAAGGAUGUGGAAAGCAAGAUCGCUAAGCGUCAGCGCGAAUACUACUUGAUGGAACAGCUUAAGGGUAUCAAGAAGGAAUUGGGUUUGGAGAGCGAUGGCAAGGACAAGCUUGUGGAAGGAUUUAAGGAGAAAGCUGGCAAGUUGGUGAUGCCCGAGGGAGUGCGCAAGGUCUUUGACGAAGAAGUCAACAAGUUAGCACACCUCGAACCUGCUGCAUCCGAGUUCAAUGUGACUCGCAACUACCUUGACUGGCUUACUCAGGUUCCAUGGGGUCAACGCUCGCGUGAAAACUACAACGUCAGCCACGCUAAGACUGUGUUGGAUGAAGAUCAUUAUGGUCUUCAGGAUGUCAAGGAGCGUAUCCUCGAAUUUAUUGCUGUCGGGAAGCUGCGUGGCACUGUCGAAGGCAAGAUUUUGUGCUUGUCAGGUCCUCCUGGUGUUGGGAAAACCUCGAUUGGAAAGAGUAUUGCACGCGCUUUGGAUCGAGAGUUUUAUCGAUUUUCUGUUGGUGGUUUGACAGACGUGGCUGAAAUCAAGGGUCAUCGACGAACCUAUGUUGGUGCCAUGCCGGGCAAGGUUAUCCAGGCUCUGAAGAAGGUUAAGACCGAGAACCCGCUGAUUCUUAUUGAUGAAAUUGACAAGAUCGGUCGUGGUCACCAAGGCGAUCCCUCUUCCGCACUGCUCGAGUUACUGGAUCCAGAACAGAAUAGCAGUUUCUUGGACCAUUACAUGGAUGUCCCUGUUGAUCUUUCCAAGGUUUUGUUUGUAUGUACUGCCAAUGUGCUUGAUACCAUUCCUGGACCCUUGCUGGAUCGUAUGGAAGUGAUCCAAUUAUCGGGUUAUGUCGCUGAAGAAAAGGCUGCAAUUGCAUCCAAAUAUUUGGCACCAAGCGCACGCAUUGCCUCUGGCUUGGAAAAUGUCAACGUAAAUCUUUCUCCUGAAGCCGUGGAUGCAUUGAUUCGAAACUACUGCCGUGAAAGUGGUGUCAGAAACCUCAAAAAACACAUUGACAAGGUUUUCCGCAAAGCUGGUUACCAGGUCGUGGAAAAGGUCGCUGCAUUGCAGAUUGAUGAAGAUGUCAAGGUAGAAGAAAAGAAGGAACCGGUUACAGAAAAUGCCGCUGCUGGUGCCGAAAGCACGUCGGUAGAUAAAACAGAACACAAAGAAGAACACAAGCCUUUGUCCGUACCUGAAGACAUCAAGGUCGAUAUCACCGCCGAUAAUUUGAAGGAUUAUGUCGGCCCACCUGUUUUCCAAUCUGACCGUAUCUACGAGACUACGCCUCCUGGUGUCAUUAUGGGUCUGGCAUGGACAAGCAUGGGUGGCUCGUCGUUGUAUAUUGAAUCUGUGCUCGAGUCUUCAUUAACACCAAAGUCGACGCCAAACCUGUCCAAGACCGGUCAGCUGGGCGACGUGAUGAAGGAAUCCACAAGCAUCGCAUAUACCUACGCCAAGUCGCUCAUGGCAACACGCUUCCCCAAGAACAAGUUCUUUGAAAAGGCACGCCUGCAUCUCCAUUGCCCUGCCGGUGCAGUACCCAAGGAUGGACCUUCUGCUGGUGUCACCAUGGUUACUUCGCUGGUUUCUCUAGCCUUAAACAAGUCAGUGAGCCCCAACAUUGCGAUGACGGGUGAACUCACUGUCACUGGUCGCGUGCUCAAGAUUGGUGGUUUGAAAGAAAAGACGAUUGCCGCAAAGCGAUCCAAGAUUGAUACCAUUUUAUUCCCCAAGGACAACCUUUCUGACUGGGAAGAGCUUGCAGAUCAUAUCAAGGAAGGCAUGACGGGCAUUCCAGUCGAGUACUAUGAAGACGUAUUUAAAGUUUGUUUUCCAGAUGUUUCCAAGGACAAGGCUGAGAACGUCUGGGCCCAUGUGCUGAAACCUGAAAAUGAAGAAACAUCCACCACCUCCUCAUCCUCCUAG